AUGCUGCAGGUGCCAAUGCGCGGUAAGAGCGGUGGGACACCGAACACAAAGGCGGUCAUACUGGUUGGAGGACCAAGCAGAGGCACACGGUUCCGCCCGCUCUCACUCGACUUGCCCAAGCCCCUCUUCGAAGUUGCGGGCCAUCCCAUCAUCUCCCACUGCUUCGCCGCCAUCACCAAAGUACCCGAAAUCCGCGAAGUCUUCAUUGUCGGCUACUACGAUGAGGCGGUCUUCCGCGACUUCAUCAAAGACUGCUCGCGGACCAACCCAAACAUCGCUGUCCGCUACCUCCGCGAAUACCAAGCCCUUGGCACCGCAGGAGGUCUGUACCACUUCCGUGAUGCCAUCCUCAAGGGCCGACCGGAUCGCUUCUUCGUGCUCAAUGCCGACGUCUGCUGCUCCUUCCCGCUCAACGAGAUGCUACGCCUGUUCGAGGAGAAGGAUGCAGAGGCGGUUAUCUUGGGCACUCGGGUACCGAACGAUGCCGCGACGAACUUCGGCUGCAUUGUCAGCGACGCCCACAGCAAGCGCGUGCUGCAUUACGUCGAGAAGCCGGAGUCGCACAUCAGCAACCUGAUCAACUGCGGCGUCUACCUCUUCUCCACCGAAGCCAUCUUCCCGAGCAUUAAGAGUGCAAUGAAGCGCCGCAGUGACCGGCCGCGCCUCGUCAGCUACCCUUCCUCCGACGCGCUGACGGACAGGCAGACGUUCCCGCAAGAGGAUGACGACGAUGGAGAGACCAACGAGGUCAUUCGGCUCGAGCAGGACAUUCUCUCCGACCUGGCAGAUAGCCGCCAGUUCUACGUUCUCGAAACGAAGGAUUUCUGGCGUCAGAUCAAAACCGCUGGCUCCGCCGUGCCAGCCAAUGCGCUAUACCUGAUGAAGGCGUUCCAGACGCAGUCGGAAGAGCUCGCCAAGCCUUCCGCCAACAUCCUCCCACCGGUCUUCAUCCACCCAACGGCGACCGUCGAUCCUUCGGCGAAGCUUGGUCCCAACGUCAGCAUUGGCCCGCGUGUCAAUGUUGGCGCCGGUGUGCGGAUAAAGGAGUCCAUCAUCCUCGAGGACUCUGAGAUCCGCCACGAUGCAUGCAUCUUGUACUCGAUCGUUGGCUGGGGCAGCCGCGUCGGCGCUUGGGCUCGCGUGGAAGGCACGCCGACACCCGUCCGUGAGCACAGCACCAGCAUUGUGAAGAAUGGUGUGAAGGUGCAGAGCAUCACCAUUCUCGGCAAGGAAUGCGCUGUCGCCGACGAGGUUAAGAUCCAGAACUGCGUAUGUUUGCCGUUCAAGGAGCUAAAGAGGGACGUCUCCAACGAGGUCAUCAUGUAG